AUGGAGCCAACGGUCCAUCCAAUCUUCGAGGCAAAGACCUGUUCAUGGCAAUAUGUAGUGGCCUGUCCGAAUACGAAAGAAGCCGCUAUCAUCGACCCAGUCUUGAACUUUGAGCCCUCGCUGUUUCGAAUCACUACGGAAUCGGCAGACGCCAUGAUCGAUUGCAUUAUGAAGCAUGGUUAUACCAUCAAAAUGAUACUGGAAACCCAUGCCCACGGAGACCAUCUCUCUGCCGCCUACUACAUCCAACAAGCUCUCUGGACUCGAGGCCAGCCGCAUGCCCUGAUCUGCAUCGGAGAAAACAUCACAGUGGUGCAAAGCUACUUCGCGCACAAAUAUCGGAUCCCAAGAGAAGAAAUCGAGGACGCCUUCAACCACCUCUUCCAACCCGAUGAGGUAUUCCACAUCGGCGACAUCGCCUGCACCGCGCUGCACCUGCCAGGACAUACACCAGACCACGGAGGUUAUCAAAUGGGGAACAACGUCUUUACUGGAGACACUAUGUUCAAUCCUGAUGUUGGGAGUGGACGGUGUGACUUUCCUGGUGGCGAUGCUCGGGCACUCUAUCAGUCAAUGAAACGCCUCCUUGCCUUCCCACCAGAAACAAAAUUAUACACUGGCCAUGAUUAUCCCCCUUGCAAUGAGUCCACGGCGCGAGACCCUCUCCCGUAUACUACGGUUGGUGACCAGCAAGUGAAAAACAAACAUGUGAAAAACGAUUCGUCGGAAGAAGAUUUCGUCCAUUGGAGGAACGAGCAAGACCAGGUGAUUCCGGAACUUAAGCUUGUUCAUCAAGCUAUGCAGGUCAAUGUGCGUGGAGGCAAGAUGCCAAGCAAGUCGCAUGAUGGAAAGGCAUAUAUGCUUUACCUGAUAGAAGUUCCGAGUGUGUUGUUGUCGGGUUAA